GUGGAGUAAAACCUUGUGCAUUAAACUGCUUGGCUGAAGGUUAUAACUUCUACACUGAACGUGCCCCUGCGGUGACUGAUGGGACCCAGUGCAAUGCGGAUUCACUGGAUAUCUGUAUCAAUGGAGAAUGCAAGCAUGUAGGUUGCGAUAAUAUUUUGGGAUCUGAUGCUAGGGAAGAUAGAUGUCGAGUCUGUGGAGGGGAUGGAAGCACAUGUGAUGCCAUUGAAGGGUUCUUCAAUGAUUCAUUGCCCAGAGGAGGCUACAUGGAAGUGGUACAGAUACCAAGAGGCUCUGUUCACAUUGAAGUCAGAGAAGUUGCCAUGUCAAAGAACUAUAUUGCUUUAAAAUCUGAAGGAGAUGAUUACUACAUUAAUGGUGCCUGGACUAUUGACUGGCCUAGGAAAUUUGAUGUUGCUGGGACAGCUUUUCACUACAAGAGACCUACCGAUGAACCAGAAUCUUUGGAAGCACUAGGUCCCACCUCAGAAAAUCUCAUUAUCAUGGUUCUGCUUCAAGAACAGAAUUUGGGAAUUAGGUAUAAAUUCAACGUUCCCAUUACUCGGACUGGCAGUGGAGAUAAUGAAGUUGGCUUUACAUGGAAUCAUCAGCCUUGGUCAGAAUGCUCAGCUACUUGUGCUGGAGGUGUCCAAAGACAGGAGGUGGUCUGUAAAAGGUUGGAUGACAACUCCAUUGUCCAGAACAAUUACUGUGACCCUGACAGUAAACCACCUGAAAAUCAAAGAGCCUGCAACACUGAGCCCUGCCCACCUGAGUGGUUCAUUGGGGAUUGGUCGGAGUGCAGCAAGACUUGUGAUGGAGGAAUGCGCACAAGGGCAGUACUCUGCAUCAGGAAGAUUGGACCUUCUGAGGAGGAGACCCUGGACUACAGUGGUUGUUUAACACACCGGCCUGUUGAAAAAGAGCCCUGUAACAACCAGUCAUGUCCACCCCAGUGGGUGGCUUUGGACUGGUCCGAGUGUACUCCAAAAUGUGGACCAGGAUUCAAGCAUCGGAUUGUUCUGUGCAAGAGCAGUGACCUUUCUAAGACAUUCCCUGCUGCACAGUGUCCAGAGGAAAGCAAACCUCCCGUUCGCAUCCGCUGCAGUUUGGGCCGCUGCCCUCCCCCUCGCUGGGUAACAGGAGACUGGGGCCAGUGUUCUGCUCAGUGUGGCCUUGGACAGCAAAUGCGAACUGUGCAGUGUCUCUCCUACACUGGACAGGCCUCUAGUGACUGUCCAGAAACUGUCCGGCCUCCGUCAAUGCAGCAGUGUGAAAGCAAAUGUGACAGUACCCCCAUUUCCAAUACUGAAGAGUGCAAAGAUGUGAACAAAGUGGCUUACUGCCCACUGGUGCUGAAGUUCAAGUUCUGCAGUCGAGCAUACUUCAGACAGAUGUGUUGUAAGACCUGCCAAGGACACUGACCCAUGGAAAGCCAGAGAGAGAGCCUUGUCAUUUCAUCGUGAAAAUGCGUCCAUCAAAGAGAGCCACCCAGAGGAAGAGGAUUGAUGUCCUUGCAAAUGCAUUACCCUGUGGAAAACGUAACCACUGGUCAGCCCUAGCUGACAGGAUUUCAAUAUUAUUUUAACUUCUGUGAAGUGGGAUUUAUUGAUCCAAAGUGCUGGACACAGUAUUAGGAGGGAAUGCCAGAUUGGAAAGAUCCAAACAACCCAGGGAGACUUGCUUACUGUGGAGCGUUUGUGUUCUUUCGAGUAAAUCCAAUAGCCUGUUUACCUCCUUGGACCAUUAAGAUAAUUUUUAUUAUGGACUUAGCAAUGACACUGAAUCCAUUUGUAUUUAAAACUGUUUAAAAUGUAGCUGUUGUGACUUGGUCAACUAUGGAAGUAAAGAAGAUUCAGAAUUCUUAAGUCAUAGCUUAAAAAUAUUUACUAUACUUUAUCUCACUACCACAGCACCACAAUUUAAAUUAUAAGACGGGCUUUGAACUAUAAUUUAAGGAGCAAUUAUAAAUCAAAAGUAAUGAAA